AUGGGAAAAGUAAGCCCUCUUUUCACCUGUGCACCCCCGUUCACCCCCGGCCCAACUGACCCUGCCGCUGCCCCUCCCCUUCGCAGCGGCGAGGUGGACGAUCCGGUGGUGGAGGAAAUGGUGGGAAUCGCAACGGCAGCAACGCGCCUUCUUCGACGAACCGAGGUAGUAACCAACGUACGACCGCUUGGACCUCGACCGAACCCAUCGCUUCAGAGAUCUUCCUGAAGUACUACAAGGUCAGUCCGGCGUCGCGGGCAACGAGUGCCCGGUUUAGGAAGUAUCAACCGGGUUGACUCACGCCUUGUACUCGUCUCUUGUUCUAGGCCCAAAGCUUGGUUCCUGAAGAAGAGUGGGGCGAGUUCCUUCAUGCGUUGCAACAACCUCUACCGACAACGUUCAGGUUGACCAGUUGCCGAGAGUGGGUUCCACUUCGGAUUUGGAGCCUCCGUUCAUGUUGAGCUGACCCUUGGUAGUUGAUCUCUUAGCGUCGCCCCUCGAUUGAACCAACAAAUCGAGGAGACAUUUGUUCCUUUCCUCACCGGCAUCGAGCAUGAAGGUGUCCCUUUGGAAGCUCCCAAAAAGUUAUCCUGGUCAGUCGCCAGCCAAACCCCCAAAGGCAGCCCCUCCUAAAACACCUCGUUUCUGUUUCCCGAGCCUUUAGGUACCCCGGUGGAUUCGCAUGGCAACUCAACAUCCCCCGCCAAGCGAUCCGCAAACAAGACGCCUUCAAGAAAUUUCAACACUUCCUCGUCCACGAGGCCGAUUGCGGCAACCUUUCUCGCCAAGAAGCCGUCUCCAUGAUCCCUCCCUUACUCCUUGACGUCCAACCUCAUCAUCAUGUCUUGGACAUGUGCGCCGCACCUGGCUCGAAAACCGUUCAGUUAUUGGAAGCGUUGAUUGGGUCCGAGAAACUCGGCGGUCAAGCUUCGGCAGGACUGUUGAUCGCGAAUGACUCGGACGCCAAGAGGUGUCAUCUCCUCGUUCAUCAAUCUCUGCAUCGCGUACCGGGCACGGGGAUGAUGGUCACCAACCAUGACGCUACCCAAUUACCCGGCUUGAGGUUACCGACUUCGGCGACGAAUGCGAACGCGGGAAAGUUCAUUGGGGAUGAUAAGGAGGAAGUGGAGGAGGUCGUCGCGGAGGGAACGAAGAGGCAGAAGAAGUACGAGCCUUUGUUGUACGAUCGCAUCUUGGCGGAUGUGCCUUGUUCGGGUGAUGGGACGUUGAGAAAGAACUUGGCAAUCUGGAAGGAGUUCACCCCUGGCAAUGGCACGGGGUUGCAUUCGUGAGUAUCCCAGCGCUACUCCCGUACACCGUCGGCGACUCUGAUGCUUAACCCUCCAAUCCUUCCUGACCAGUCUUCAACUCCGUAUCCUCCUCCGAGGCAUUGCGCUCCUCAAACCCGGUGGUCGGCUCGUCUACUCGACCUGCUCCAUGAACCCCAUCGAGAACGAAGCCGUCCUGUCCGCUGCGCUGUCGCUCUGUCCCGAAAUGUCGAUCCUCGACGUUUCCUGCUCCCUCCCUGAACUCAAACGUCGUCCAGGAAUGACCGACUGGGUCGUUCUAGACAACGCGGGGAACCCACCUCCUCAUCCCGACCAUCCCGUUCCCUCACCUACGCCUGCUCUCGAAGGUACCUCGGCGACGGAAGGUGAAUCUACCGCGACUGCUCGUCAAGGGAAUAAGAAGAAGGAGAAAGUAUGGUCCAACACGUUGUGGCCUUCGGGCAAGGAAAAGGAAUUGGGUUUGGAGAAGGCGUUGAGGAUUUAUGGGCAUUUGCAGGAUACGGGCGCGUUCUUCGUUUGCGUAUUGGUCAAGAAGGGGGCGAACGAGGUGGCGGCGAGGGGGGUGAGGAGACGACGGCGAAGAGGACUUCGGAUGACGUCGAGGCGGUGGCCCCGGAAGCGAAGAAGCCUAAAUCAGAACCUGAGGUUGAGACGGAGACGGGGACUGAAGCGAUGGUGGAAGACACUGCGAUCGAAGAACAGGUCGAUGUCUCGAGUCUGCCUGUUGAGAUUGUCGGCGCGAAUGCAUUUUCGACCAAGACGCGCGAUUUCAAGGAGGAACCGUUCAUCUACCUCAAUCCUGAAGAUGAGCAGGUCAAGAUCUUUUCGUGAGUAAUUCAAGGAUCUGUCUGAUCAAUGGACGACAACACUAAGCUCAUUUCCGACGUUGGUACACCCCCUCUCAGCGACUUCUUUGACCUGUCCCCCUCGUUCCCUCGCGAGAACCUCCUCGUGCGCAACGCCGCCGGCGCCCCCCUCCGUUCGAUCUACUUCACCUCCUCCUCGACGCGCGCGCUCCUCCUCUCCAACUCCUUCACGCGCAUGCGGCUCAUCUCCUGCGGCGUCAAAAUCUUCACUCGUCAAGACUCGACCCGGGACGGGACCUACGCCUGUAAAUGGCGCGUCAAUUCCGAAGGCUUGGAAGUCUUGCGUCCUUAUAUGGGAACGAAGAGGAUUGUGACUGCUUCGGUUGGAACGUUGAGGAGGUUGAUGAGCUCUUUGACGGUCGGGUUUGAGGAAUUGGACGAGGUCGUUUUCAAGGAGAGGAUUGCGGAGAUGGAACCGGGGAGUUGUGUGCUCGAAGUCGAUGCGAAGGGGGAAGGUUUGCUGUGAGUGGAUUCUUUAUCUCUGGAUCCGAGGCAUUCUCACUGACGGAUUCAAUGUCGGGUUCUUUCCUCAGUUUCGAGCAGAAGCUGUCGUUGCCCUUCUGGAGGUCCAAGAACACCGUCAACCUCAUGGUUGAGAAAGUGGAAAAGAGGUGAGCCUCGAAACCACGUCUCCUCCCCAAGAUCAAAACACUGAUCCACCAUCUCUUCACUUCCGCAGUGCGCUCUCCCUCCGCCUCUUCGGCGAAGAUCUGACCCCUCACAAAAUCGGGCCCAAGGCUCGUGAUCUUGCUAAAGCCGAAGGGAAGGCCAAGAUCCAAGGUGAAGCCACUGCGCCGGUCACCGGGGCCGCUGAUGAGGCUGCUUCGGCCAGUGAGAAGGCCGAUGAUGUGCCCCUUGCUGAAGCUGCUGCUACUGAGAAUGCGUAG